UUAACAAACAAAGCAAGCCACUCCAUUUAUUCGAUUUGCGUUCCAGAAAGCAUACACUUCCCUAAAAACUGAAAACAUCCCCGUAAGUCAAACACAAGGAAACACGCCAUUUGGCCCGCGACGCCACCAACUAUAUUCAAAAGAGGCUCAGCGAGUGGGGAUCAAAUGCUAGAAACCGAUCGGAAUAUUGUCCACUGCCAGAGCUAGGAGUAACGGGGCACAUCGGGAUGCCCACCACACGCAAUUCGUCGAAGCAGGCGGUGUCGCCUCAGACACAGCUGCAGGACAACAGGCGCAUUGCUGGUGGCGGACUGGAACCAGAGGAGGAGGGCAAUAUGCCGAACCUAUCCACACUGUCGCUGGACGAGCUGAAGCAGCUGGACAGGGAUCCGGAGUUCUUCGACGAUUUUAUCGAGGAGAUGUCUGUGGUGCAGCAUCUAAACGAGGAGCUGGACUCGAUGAUGAAUCAAGUGGAGAAUAUAUCACGUGAAAAUGAGAGCAAGGGCAGCCAUCUGGUGGAGCUGAAGCGCCGUCUCAGCGAUGACUACACCGCCCUGAAAACGCUGGGCGAGAAGUGCGACCAACUAAACAAGAAGUACUUGAAAAAGUCGGAGGAAUAUGCCCCCCAACACAUACGGGAAUUGCUCCAAAUUGCUGCCUCGAAUGCCGACGCCGAUUGCGAUCGUCAUGUAGAGCACUUUCUCAAUGGCAAGAUCGAUGUACAGACCUUCCUCAACACCUAUCAGAGCUCCAAGAAGAUCAGUGCGGAACGCAAGGCUAAGGAAGAGCGACUGGGCACACAGCUGAGCGCCCUGGAGCGUGCCGGAAUUUAACAGUCGUAAUAAUACAAUAAUGAUUACAAUAACGAUGAUGACACGCCAACCCAUCUCCAGAAUGUAUUGUACUAAAUUUUAUCUCGCACCUUACUCCUACAAGAGGAGGGGUUCCACAAGUCGCAAUAUAUAGGAUCUAAGCAAGGCAACCCCUCACAAGUAUGGAGAUCAAAAUCAGAGCAGAUUAUUCGCUCGCUAGUGAAACGUAUAAUAUCUAGAUAUAGAUUUUAUACAUAGACACACAUACUUGAAAAUCGUUAGGGCCCAAUCAAAAUGUAUGGCUUUAUAUUUAUAAUUGUAAUUUUAGAAACGGAACGCCUAUGUGUUAUGAGUCUCAGCAGUUAAACUCAAGCUCAAGCAAACCCCAAACCAAAAAGCAAAAGCCCCAAUCGAAAUGAAAUCGCAUGUAUUCCCCUAGGUUACGUCUGAUCGCCUGUCCUGCCAACAGUUCUGUUUAUCUGUACUACCCCAAUGUAUAUUAAUAAAGUUUAUGAUUUAUCUUAAA